CGAAAAUCAGUCAGCGAUGAUACUGUACAGUAUUGUCCUAUAUCUUCUGUUAGUACAUGGUGUUGAAUGUGUUCGCCUUAAAGAAUACGUUCAAGAAAAAGCUGAAAUAUGUUCCAACUCCAAUUCAGAUAAAUUCGUGAUCAAAUUGCCUGAACCUCUUAAUUACGCCUCCGGUAACAGUUCUGUCAGAUUGUAUGGAAAUUUCACCGUCACCGAUGUCAUCCAAGAGCCGUUGGAGUUGAUCAUAUUAAUCAAUCGAUGUACACUAGAUAUGAGUACCUGUGAGGAGUUCAAUAGUCUUGCCCUAACUAACCUUUGCCGAUAUAUCAACGACGAGAAAGGUAUGGCCGCGAGUUUUUUCAGAAGCAUAGAUCCAGUUUUGCACUGCCCAAUCAAACCAGGCAUUUACAAGUUCAAAAAGUCAAUCGUUGAUCUAUCCUUCACCCUUCCUAUGCCCAUGGAGGGUUAUCGCUGGAAGGCCGACUUGAAGCUGUACUCUAGGAUCCGACCGAAGAAGGAAUUACUUUGCGUUGCUUCGCAAAGUAUGUUGCGCUGGACGAACAAACCGUGAAAGUCUCAACAUGUACCGACAUCUGUGUUUGAAUAAAAAGGAUCAUUCUUUGAUGU